AUGACUAGUGACGACGAGAAACCUUUCAACCAUACACAUUCGCCAAUCGACCACUCGGCACUUAUUCAGUCACGGGAGACUGGCGAUGUCCUUCCUGACGAUACGCCUAUUCAGGGCAACGUCAAGGCGUUGCCCUUUGCCAAAUCUUGGGUGCACAUGUUUGCUGGAGGUGUUGGAGGAAUGACUGCUGCUGCGAUAACAGCUCCUCUCGAUGUGCUUAAAACCCGAUUGCAAUCCGAUUUCUACCAAGCCCAGAUUCGAGCCCAACGCGAAGCUCAGGUUCAGACUCUUGGGCGGCUCAACCCCGCUCGAAGCGCACUGUAUCAUCUCAACGACACCCUCAAAAUUCUCAGUUCUGUGUACAAGAAUGAGGGUUGGCGAGCACUCUUCAAGGGACUCGGCCCAACCACUGUUGGAGUUGUACCUGCUCGCUCCAUCAACUUCUAUAUAUACGGUAACGGAAAGCGUCUGAUCUCGGAACAUUUCAACAAUGGUGUAGAAGCCCCCUGGGUCCAUUUAUCGUCUGGUGUUGCCGCUGGUGUUAUUACCUCGACGGCUACAAACCCUAUCUGGAUGAUCAAGACUCGUCUACAGCUGGACAAGAAUGUAGCAGCCGGCGGUACUCAAAUGCGCAAGUAUCGCAAUAGCUACGACUGUAUACGCCAGAUUCUCCGCGACGAAGGUCUUCGAAGUCUUUACCGUGGCAUGAGCGCUAGCUACCUUGGUGUAGUGGAAUCCACGAUGCAAUGGAUGCUUUACGAACAGAUGAAGGUCUCCUUGGCCCGUAGACAUAACGAGAUCGUUCGCAGCGGCCGUGAAAAAACUUGGUGGGACAAGACCGUUGACUGGACUGGGAAGGGUUUUGCUGCUGGAAGCGCCAAACUAGUUGCUGCUGUUAUCGCUUAUCCCCAUGAGGUUGCGCGAACGCGAUUGCGACAGGCGCCUAUGGAGAACGGUUUGCCCAAGUAUACCGGUCUAGUCCAAUGUUUCAAGCUCGUUUGGGUUGAAGAGGGCUUGAUGGGUCUUUAUGGAGGCCUGACUCCUCACUUAAUGCGAACGGUACCUAGCGCUGCCAUCAUGUUCGCAAUGUAUGAAGGUAUUCUUCGGCUGUUUCACACGCCCGCAUAG